UCAAACCCAGGUCCAGCUGCAAAGCAAUGGCUUUAACCACAACACCUCCUGCUGCUUCUUUUUACAGAUGGGGUAUUUGAGGGCGUCUGCCUUCAUUAUUCUCUCUUUCAUACACAAGGGUGUAUAUUACAAGUUUUUGUACGUUUAAUGUUGACAUAAGAAUGAGCCUUGGAAAAUUAUAAUUACAGUGCCUCACUACCACCAUGCUUUAACACACCGCCUUGCAAUCGUGGUUUAGCUGCUCAAUUCCAGGAAUGUCUUUGAGUUGGGUGCCACUAACCAUAAAGCAUCUCAAGCCAACUUGAUGGGGCUUGUUGCGCUGCGUGUGUCCUGUGUGUACACUUAGGCUCACGUGCUGCCCGGGGCAGGUCUGUGUGUCUCGCAGAGGUGGCGACGGCGUUUUCUCUAACUAGCUAAUAGACAUUCGGAAAUGGUUGUCGGCAGUCGCACCGAAAGGUCUUCUUCGGGCUGCUCUACAUCCUGGGGUGUGCGGCGCUCGUGCUUGACAACCCUGCGAUGCAACUGCACGGAGUGCUUGGGUACAGACCAGUGUGUGACGGACGGGGCCUGCAUCGCGUCCACCUCAGUCAUCGAGGGCCAGGAGCGCCACGUGCGCACGUGCAUCACGCGAGACCAGCUGCAGCCACCGGGGCAGCCCUUCUACUGCCUGAGUGCCGAGGGGCUGCUCAACACCCACUGCUGCUACACCGACUAUUGCAACAGUGUGAACCUAAAGGUCCCUUCGGUCACGAAGCCCGGUGAUGGACUGGGCCCGGGUGCCAAAUGGGGCCCGGUGGAGCUGGUGGCCGUGAUCGCAGGGCCCGUCUUCCUGCUGUGUCUGCUGCUCAUUGUGGGCGUCUUCCUGUUCCACCACCACCACCAGCGAGUAUACAGCCACCGGCAGCGGCUCGGGGUGGAAGACCCCUCCUGCGACCACCUGUACCUGGCCAAGGACAAGACGCUCCAGGACCUCAUCUUUGAUCUCUCCACCUCCGGAUCAGGCUCUGGGCUGCCGCUCUUUGUGCAGCGGACUGUGGCUCGUACCAUUGUGCUGCAGGAGGUCAUCGGGAAGGGCCGCUUCGGCGAGGUUUGGCGGGGCAAGUGGCGCGGGGGCGACGUGGCUGUCAAGAUCUUCUCGUCCCGGGAAGAACGCUCCUGGUUCCGGGAGGCUGAGAUCUACCAAACCAUCAUGCUGCGGCACGAGAACAUCCUGGGCUUCAUUGCCGCUGACAACAAGGACAACGGCACCUGGACCCAGCUGUGGCUCGUGUCCGACUACCACGAACACGGCUCCCUUUUCGACUACCUGAACCGCUACUCGGUCACCAUCGAGGGCAUGAUCAAGCUGGCGCUGUCCGCUGCCAGCGGCUUGGGCCACCUGCACAUGGAGAUCUUGGGCACGCAGGGGAAGCCAGGCAUCGCCCACCGAGACCUCAAGUCUAAGAACAUCCUCGUGAAGAAGAAUGGCACCUGUGCCAUAGCCGACCUGGGGCUGGCCGUGCGCCACGAGUCCGCCACCGACACCAUCGACAUAGCCCCCAACCAGCGUGUGGGCACCAAAAGGUAUAUGGCUCCGGAGGUGCUGGAUGAAACCAUCAACAUGAAACACUUUGACUCGUUCAAGUGUGCCGAUAUUUACGCCCUGGGACUGGUGUACUGGGAGAUCGCCCGGCGUUGCAACGCAGGAGUUAUUCAUGAGGAGUACCAGCUGCCCUACUACGACCUAGUGCCCUCUGACCCCUCCAUUGAGGAGAUGAGGAAGGUAGUGUGUGAACAGAAGCUGCGGCCCAAUGUGCCCAACUGGUGGCAGAGCUAUGAGGCGUUACGGGUCAUGGGGAAGAUCAUGCGGGAGUGCUGGUACGCCAACGGAGCCGCCAGGCUCACGGCGCUACGCAUCAAGAAGACUCUGUCCCAGCUUAGCGUGCAAGAGGACGUCAAAAUGUGAGCGCUCCGUCGGCGAGCGGUGCGGCGCGUCGCGUCUCUGUACACGCACAAAAGGAGGGCGGAGGAGCGUACGCGAUUAAGCGAGCCUGUGUGACUUUACACAAUCCUGCCAGUUUUAAAGCCACAGUCUGCGUUGUGACAAGGCCUACCUCACCUUUUCAGCCAAAACUACUGAGAAACCACAGCCCAUCCAUUCCCUCCCAAGCAACCGUCUCAAUGCUCCUUGAGACAUGUCCUCAAGUCCCACCGAAAUGGGCCACUGACUGCAAACACUACUACUAGUACUACUACUACUGCUAUUAAUACUACUGCUACUACUACUACUACUAUUACCACCACCACUCCUCCCACUACUAAUGCUAAUGCUCAUAUUAAUAUUACUACUACAACUACUAGUGCUACUACUGCCUCUCGAAUUUUAUUUAUGGCAGUAGUUUUUGCUGUACAGUGAUUGGUUUUUUAUUUAAUAUAUUUAUAGUCUCCCCUCAAAUAACUGCUACCCAGAACCAUUUUCCUUUCCACAUAAAGCAAUGUUCACGUUGUGAGUCUCUGAAAAGGUGGCUGGGAACUGGACCUGUGUGUAGAGUUGGGGCAGCCAAAGGAAGAAAUGGUGAUGUCUUCACACGUCUGGCUGCAUACACCAAUUGAGCCGAGGACCACUGACAUAUGUCUGUAGGUUAUGGAAGAGCAGAUUGUGUACAGACAGGAAAACCUUCUACUCUGAUUAUGGAAUAGGAGUGAGAUGCUCCACAAGAGCGAGCAGCUCGGGCUGAAACGCAGGAGCAGACAGGCCAGCAGGACUGUUACCUCUCCUGGCGAAAACACUUCUCCAAAUGCUGUCGGUGAAGACACGGCAGCAGCUCGGCAUCUCCGCUCCUUGUUGUGGGUGCUUUUACGAUUAAGGAGCCUGUUUCGUUCUUAUCGUUAUCAAUUGCUGAAGUUAUGACAGCACAAGGACUGCAGGAGUGAUGAGAGGUUCUGAUGGUCACGGCUGUGACUGACUGUAAGCCAGAGCUGUCGUUUUGAGGUGCGGUUUCCACCUGCUUUACGGUUUCCAUGAGAGUGCGUUUUGUCCAAGGAUCUGUCCGCAUGUGCAGCCCUGACAGCGAGCCUGUGCCUGCUGCAGUCCUCACUGUUCCUUAUCUGGCGGAGAUUUAACGCUCCCGUUUUGUCCAAGGCCAGUGAGCAUCGGUGAUGUCAUUUCCCUUUGUUUCGCUAAUAGUCCAGAACCCAAAUAGUGUUCAUCAAGAAUGUGACACCCCCCCCCCCCCGUUUGAACGUUAUGUCAGACGUUUUCACUCAUCGCAAAAUGCCAAGUUGUAUGUUCAGUUUUCAGCACCUUGUCGGUUGUCUCCCUCCUUAUACCUGUGUGUGAUGAGGUAAAUGUUACCUCCAGUGACGCUACAAUGAUAAUUAACACUUUUUGUAGCACUGUGGAAAGCUGGA